AUGGAUACCGAAAAAGGUUAUCCCAGAGGUUUCAGAGGAGACAGUCUACGACCUGAAACCAGCCGCACAAGUUUCCGGUCAGAUAGCAUGCAGCUCGAUGAAGCACAAGGCGAGAUACCACAAGAGAACUCGACCAAUCUCUUCCUCUUCAAGAACAUAGACAGUGGAAACUUGGAAGCCACGAAAGAGUUCUUGGACCGAAACCCUGAGGCUUUAAACGCAAGUUUAACCUCUAAUGAAGACAGACCAAUCCAUAAAGCUGUUUUGUCGGGUCACAUAAAGAUUGUGGAAGAGAUCAUUAGACGAAUUCACGAUCCAGAAGUGUUGAAGAUGAAGAACGAUAAUGGUUACACCGCGCUUACCUAUGCAGCGACUGGUGGGAUUGUUAGAAUUGCAGAGUGUUUGGUGAAUAAAUGUCCUGGUUUGGUUAGUGUUCGGAACGCGAAAGAGCAUAUACCGAUCGUGGUGGCUUCGUUGUACGGUCACGAAGAUCUGGUUCGGUAUCUUUACGAUCACACACCUCUGAGUGAUCUUGAGCCUAGUGAUGAGUCAGACGAACACAAAGGCAAGAACGGAGCGAUGCUCGUGACUAAUUGUAUCGUCGAUGGACUCUAUGGUAUUGCUUUGGAUCUGAUUCAGAGGUAUCCUAAGCUUGCUUAUACUCGGGACAGCGAUAACGAUACAGCUAUCAUCGCGCUUGCUCAAACUCCUUCUGCGUUCCCUAGCGGUGCCCAUCUUGCGUUUUGGCAACGUUGGAUAUAUUCUUGUAUUCACCUAGAGAAGAUUAAUAACCGUCAUGAAGUUCUAAAUCAUCAUAAUCAUCAAUACAAGAAACCACAAGAUCAUCAUUGGUAUCAAGAGACGCUGCUAAAACAGCUCAAAUUUCUUUUUCCACACAUAAGGCGCAUAUACAAACUGAAGGUAGGACAUGCUCGAGCUAAAGAGAUACUAGAUUGUAUCUGUCAAGAAAUACCGAACAUGGACGUGACCCAACAGAAGGACGCAGGUCUAAACCAAGCUCUAUUCAAGGCCGUAGAGAAUGGUAUCGUCGAGUAUAUCGAGGAAGUGAUGAAGCAUUAUCCUGAUAUCGUAUGGUUCAAAGAUAGUUAUGGUCUUAACCUCUUCUUCUACGCUGUAAGCCAGAGACAAGAGAAGAUCUUUAGCCUCAUUUACAAUAUGGGUGCUAAGAAGAACAUCCUCGCUACAGCUUGGGACAAACUCCAUAACAAUAUGCUUCAUCAUGCCGCAUAUCGAGCCCCGGCUUCACGGCUUAACCUUAUUCCUGGUGCAGCUCUUCAGAUGCAAAGGGAAUUACAAUGGUUUAAGGAAGUGGAGAGGCUAGUGCAACCAAAGCAUAGAAAAAUGGUUAACUUGAAGCAGAAGAAAACUCCACAGGCUCUGUUUAAAGACCAACACAAGGAUCUAGUGGAUCAAGGAGAGAAAUGGAUGAAAGAAACAGCGACUUCUUGCACGGUCGUCGCGGCUCUGAUCACCACAAUGAUGUUCUCCUCCGCGUUUACUGUCCCCGCAGGUUACGACAACAAGCACACAUUAUUAAUGGUUUUCAUCAUCUCCGACGCUAUCUCUCUCUUCACGUCAUGUAUGUCUCUCCUCAUGUUCCUCGGGAUUCUCAAGUCUCGUUACCGCGAAGAAGAUUUUCUUCGAUCGCUUCCGACGAAACUGAUCGUGGGUCUUGCGUCUUUGUUUCUCUCGAUGGCGACCAUGAUUGUGAGUUUUGUCCUGACGCUUGUGGUUUUACUUCGAGAUGAUGUGCGGUGGAUUUCAGCUCCGUUUAUAUUACUCGCGAUGGUUCCGGUUGGGAUGUUCGGUGUUCUUCAGUUUCCGGUGCUACUUGAGAUCUUCUGCUCGACUUAUUGCCCUAGAGUUUUUGAUAAGCCUAGCCAGUCUCGGCGAAUGUUUAAGUUUUGGUCGAGAUGUUAA